AAGGCACCUUUGAUCGACUCCAGGCUCCCCUCGGAAAACGCCAGCUCCAAGCUUUCCCUCUGGUUUUGACUCGAGGAAAGUGCCAGGAGGACUCAGCAUGCAAACAGUAGCAUGUUUUAAACACUGCGCGUGCCUGCUGGAUGUCUCAGGGUUCAUCUCGUGCACGUUGUUUGCACGCCUCGCAGUGCCGGCGUGGCAGGACGUGGUGUGGCGUGGCACCCCAAGCACUCUUGGAAGAGGCUCGUGCACCCCCAGCUGCCACGGGCUGAGGAUCACUGUGCUAAGGCCGAGGCUCCGAGCUGUGGGGGAGCUCCGACAGCAGCCUGGAAAUGGCUGGGACUGUGGCCUGGAAACGAGCCAGCGUCUCCCAUUUUGCAGCUAAGCGGAGCCUGACGACACGGCAGAGCAGAGCCAGGGCCGGCAAUCCCCAUGCUUGAAGGGAACGGCGCAACUUCCCCGACAAGCAGGACUUGAGGCUCGUGGCACCCCCACACCGAGCGCCAGCGAUGGUGGCCACCCGGCUGCUGCUGCUGGGCACGGCCAGCCUCGCGCUGCUCCUCCCGGCCGCGGGCCAAGCGACGGAUCCGGCCCCGUCGGGCUGCGGCAAGGAGCUGUCACCACUGUACUACGCUCUGUGCAACCUGUCGGCGCCCUGGGGCGUGGCGGUGGAAGCCGUGGCCAGCCUGGGCAUCGUGACCAGCUUCGUGCUCACCAUCGUGCUGGUGGCCAGCCUGCCCUUCACCCAGGACCCCCGCAAGCGGAGCCUGGUGGGCACCCAGGUCUUCUUCCUGCUGGGCACCCUCGGGCUCUUCUGCCUGGCUUUCGCCUUCGUGGUCGGCCGGGAUUUCUCCACCUGCGCCGCCCGGCGCUUCCUCUUUGGCGUGCUCUUUGCUGCCUGCUUCUCCUGCCUGCUGGCUCACGCGCUCAGCCUCAACCUGCUGGCACGGCGCAACCGGGCGCCGCGGGGCUGGGCCACCUUCGCAGUGGCCGUGGCGCUGGCGGCCGUGGAGGCCAUCAUCAACGCUGAGUGGCUGCUCAUCACGGUGGUGAGGAACGGGGGUGCCACCCCGGACCCCUGCGCUGUGGCCAACGAGGACUUCGUGCUGGCGCUGCUCUACGUCAUGCUGCUGCUGCUGGCCACCUUCGUGGCAGCCUGGCCCCCGCUGUGUGGCCGCCACGCGCACUGGAGGAAGCACGCUGUCUUCAUCCUCCUCACUGCUGCCCUCUCGGCAGCCAUCUGGGUGGUCUGGAUCGUCAUGUACGUCUACGGCAACCGGCAGCGCGGCACGCCGGGCUGGGACGACCCCACGCUGGCCGUCGCCCUCGUUGCCAACGCUGGCGUCUUCCUCCUGCUCUACGCCAUCCCCGAGGUGACGCACGUGACGCGCCCGGGCCCCGAGCAGACCUACGAGGACGACGGGUACCCGACGCGGGGCGUGGGCUACGAGACCAUCCUCAAGGAGCACAAGGCUCAGAGCAUGUUUGUGGAGAACAAGGCUUUCUCCAUGGACGAGCCUGCCUCAGCCAAGAAGCCCGUGUCCCCGUACAGCGGCUACAACGGGCAGCUCCUGACGAGCGUGUACCAGCCCACCGAGAUGGCUCUGAUGCACAAAGGGCCUCCCGAGAGCCCCUACGAUGUCAUCCUGCCCCAUGCCACAGCCAACAGCCUGGCCAUGGGCAGCGCCAACUCCACCCUGCGUGCCGAGGACGUCUACGCCGCCCAGGCCCGGCAAGCCGCGGGCCCCAAGGACGGCAGGGGCCAGCAGACGCAGUCCCCGUAUGGCAAGAGCAGGUGGUAACGGCCUGCGCCCCGAAUCCUGCAGUGCCGCCUGCCCCGUUCCUCUGCGGAGGGGCUGCCGAGCCGCGCCUUCCCCCUUGCCCACUGCAGCCAUGCCAGGGGUCAAUGCUGGAGCGCCCGGCAGGGCUGAAACCAAGACUGAGAGCCAGCCCGGGAGGAGCCCGGAGCCCAUCCCGGACAUGAACGGCCUUUCCACCGGGAUCAGCAACAGCCAUAGACUGCCUCACCGGGCAUCUGGACCCCAGCAACCGCCCCUGAGCCCCCCCAGCAGGGACCCGGGGGCUCGAGGGCAGAGCUGCUCCUAGGAAGGACUCCAGGAUCUGUCGGUGCCUUCGCGGGGUUGAGCCGGGGGCCGCCCGGGCAGCCCUCCCCACUCUGUCCUAGGACCCACUGGGUCCCCCUGACUCCCCUGUGCCAAGCCCCAUGCCAUGCUGAGGCAGGCACGAGGCAGCAUCCUUAAUCAGGCCUAGGAGCCCUGCCACCGCCCGCCGCCUUCUGUGCCUCAGUUUCCCCCUCUUGCCAAGCGGAGCUAACAGCACCGAGCUCCCCGUCCCAGCUCGCUCCCCGCCUGGGGAGAGAAAGCACCAUCCUAGUGCAAGGAGGCCGAGAUGGCCUCUGCCCCGCACAGCCCCGCAGCCUUUCUCUGCGGUCGCAGUGUUCAGUGCCUUCCUGCCAGGGCUCCUCCUGUCCUGGCAAUUUGGUUUUUUUUAAGCUGUAUCUGCAAGCAUGUCUGUCCCCAGGGCAGCCCCCACCCCAUCCAGCUCCGAUGCCCCGGGGCCGCCCACGUGUGUGCACGUCAUAGGCGUGUGAAGGGCCACAGGGACAAGUGUCAGCGAGCAGGGACUGGGGUGGGGGCUGUUAUCUUCUCCCUCGGGGGGGCUUUGGGCUUUCUCUCUCUCUUUUUUUAGGGCAGACUCCACGCGUAAUAAAGCCGACGGGUUUUUUC